AAAAGAUUAACAUCCAUGUAUCUAAAUACUUGUGAAUGACCAUUUGAAACUGGUGUUGAAAGGAAAAACUGUUCGCCACUUGUUAUAAAGGUCCCUUCCGAGCAAAUAGAAAUAGUAAAAAUGACCUAGUUUUAAUAGUUCAUACGAACACAUUCUUCAAAUCUAAAGGAUAAAUGGUGGACUCAUCGUUUCAAUAGCUGCCUACUCUGCGUGCAGAGUCUAGUUAUAAACUACGAAGCUCUCUUUUAGAAGCGAAGUCAAACGAAUCGAAUUCAAAGUGUAAUAGCUGCCGUAACGAGACCUUAUCAAUGGAUUUUGUAGGCAUUUAUGGUAUGCUGGCAGUGAUUGUUCAUCUAUUAAUCGUGUAUACAUCAAAUUGGCUGAGUAUAUUAACACAACCACAUUUCCUACUUCUCACUUCAGGGAAGAUCCAGCUUAUGCGAGUAUGUCGCUUAUUGGAGUCUUUGAGAAUCGUCAUGGUGAUGCAGUGGAAACAUCUGUUCAAUGUUGAUCCCACGGCAGACCUUCAAUUCUUAGUGGGAACGCGGUAUGAGUUCUCGGAUCAUCUCCACGAUGAAAUAGAGUGUGCCCAUAAGCCCUUUGAAAUGGUUGGAUAUUAUGGACACUGUGGAAGUAGCUCAUAUGAACAUAUCACUUCAAUCAUAAGCUCACAUACCAAGCAAGAGCUUGCAAAGUGUAUAGGAAAGGUUGUAUACAUAGAUAAACGCACACGACGCCCUAAAAACCUACCGGCUGGUAUUGUCGUUGCAUUGAAACGAUUUGCACCAAAGUCUGCACUUAUUACAAAGUUUAAGCCAUUAGUUUUACCUGAAGAUGACGUUUGCAUAUUCAAGAAGGGAUUUGAUGUAUUGCCAUCAGAUUUGGACUAUAACGACCAUACAAACCACGCAUCAUAUGCAAAAUACUGCUGUGAUUUUGCCACACUGGUCGCAGCAAAUGGAAAGUUCAAACAUAUCCCAAAGGAUUUUGAAAGUAUGCGUCUCAAAAGUUAUUCAAACUGGUUCCUAGGUGAAAGUUUGGUGUCCGACAAACUACACGUACUGUUUUGGGAAGACCUUGAAAACAAGAGACAAAUUAACUUUGAAAUAAAAAAUCAAGAGGCGUCUAUUUUACAAUCAACUAUGGAACUAUACUGAGGGUACAUCAAUAAAAGAAUAUUGAACAUAAAGAUGCUGUACUCGUUGGUGCCCAGGGAUUGUAACCUCUAUGUUGAUUUCAUUACAAAUAAUUUAAAAAAUGAACUCAUGUCUAUUUAACACUUGAUCCAAAUGUGUGAAAACUAUACACACUGAUCAGAUACGAACCUGCGAUUGCCUUUCAUUUAAUUUGAUCUAUGACAUACAAUCGAACGGUCACAUUUUCUAUAAUAUUAGCUGUGUACCCUGCUGUUAAGGGCAAUGAUAACUGCAGGACUCAGAACACCAUCAUGAUAAACCAUGACAUCUUAUUUCUUCUCAGUCUUGAAAAGAGAGCUUCGUCUUCAUAGUUUAUACCUAGACUCUGCGCGCAGUUACUUGGGGUGGAGUUGACUAAGGGUUGGGUUGACCUUGGGUUGAGUUGACUUGGGGUUGUGUUGACCAGUUACUUUCACUGGUCAUUGUUUUUUAAAUUAGACUACAGAAAAUAACUAGUGGCAUGGUAGUCAUCUCUACCGGGAAUUUUAAAAUGGAUAUUUUUGUUCAGUAUAGAUCAAGAUUGAUAAUCAUUGCUUGAGAUUUUAUUUUGUCUUUUGAAUAAAUAAUAAUGAUGGUAUGCCUGCAAUUAAUAUGAUAACAUACCU